GGGUGGCCCUUGAGCACCCUGUGAGGCGAGGCUCGUGGCGUCCGUCCUGAGGCUUUGCUCAUCACCAUCCCAGCCCUCUUCCUUCACAGCUGCAGAGAGGUGACCUGCAGUCACUGUGAGCGGCCUACGGAAUUCCAGGACAUGAAGGCGCCCUGCGUCUCCCUCUGCCUCCUGGGUGCCGGGCUCUUCCUGUGCUCAGCGCACGCCCGAGGCCUCAGGAGAUGCCUCAUUUCCAUGAACUUGCACCGUGUGGAGGAGAGCUUCCGAGGAAUCAAAACAGCCAUUCAGGCUAAGGACACCUUCCAAAAUGUCACCAUCCUGUCCCCGUCGGAGACCCUGCACGGCACUCAGCCCUUAGAUGUAUGCUGCGUGACCAAGAACCUCCUGGCAUUUUAUGUGGACAGAGUGUUCAAGGACCAUCAGGAGCUGAGCCCCCAAAUCAUGAGAAAAAUCAGCAGUCUUGCCAACUCUUUCCUCUACAUGCAGAAGACUCUACAACAAUGUCAGAAGCUGUGUCACUGCAGACAGGAAGCAACCAAUGCAACCAGAAUCAUCCAUGACAACUAUGAUCAGCUGGAGGUCCGAUCUGCUGCCAUUAAGGCUCUGGGAGAGCUGGACGUCUUUCUAGCCUGGAUUGACAAGCAUCAUCGAGGAACUUCCGCUGCCUCAAGACAAGGAACCUGAUCUGGGGGGAUGAACAGCCCCUGAGAGGCUUCUGGUGGGGGACAGCCAACUUUGAAGGGGAGGGAGACGGGGGAGGCCCUGUUUUAUGCAAAUGAGGGUCUUUUUGAGGGAGUCUUCCUACUUGUUUGGGAUUCUCUUCUCUGGGCUGAGGUGUUGUAAGGGGAAAUUCUGGGUUUGAGCACACCUCACCUUGUGGCUAAAAUCUCACUGGCUGGGCCCAGCUUGUCUGAUCUCACCUGAAGGUAUCCAAGCAGUCUGCUGUUUUUAUAUUUGUAACAAAAUAUGUCUGUUGUGAGGUCCUGUGGGGCCAUCCUGGAGGGAGAGGGUGGGCUUCCCUAAUUUAUUGUGAAGUUUCUUAUCCCAUGUCUGUGAUGUGAGCUAAGCGAUAUCCUGUGGUGCAUAUUGUACUGACUGGUUUUUCCGAAUAAAUUCUG